AUGACAUUAAUCAAGGAGAUGGUUAUAAUUGCGGCGUGGCGGUCAUUGCUUUUACGGAAAGAAUUAUCGCCAACGGCGAAAAAGUUGGGAUUAAAGUCUGCGAACACCAGCAAAGAAAUGGGGGCAGACCACCAAGCGGAAGUUGACAAUAAAGCAGGCAAAGUAAAGAAGACUCAUAAUGGAUCCCAAGAGGAAUUAGCCAAAGCACAAAAAUUUUUAGAGGAUCACAUAAAGAGACAAGCAACUACGCCACAGGGAGGAACGAAUGACAUAGAAACCAAAGAUAAGGGGAACGAACAAACAUCUACUGACGCCGGGAGCAGCAGAAGUCCCACCUCUCCAACAUUUAAAGUAAACGAGAUAGAAACCGAGGACGAUUUGGCGGGCACUACAAAUGAAAAAAUUGAUAAACUUCAAAAGGAGAACCGGGAAAAGGACGGAAUUAUUGAUAAAUUAACCAAAGAAAGAGACGAAUACAGCAAACGACUAACAAAGGACCAAUUAAAUAAGUUAGCAGAAAAUAUUAAAAACGGACUAAAAACGGAGGCGGAAGUAAAUAAAGCGGUUGACAAUGCUUGUCAGCAAGAGGCCGAUAAAUAUAAAAAUCAUAUUGACCCGACCAAUAAAGACAAAUUGAAAAAUGCCGCCAAGGAGGCUGGUUUCGGUUUUGAAAAGAAAGACAUUGAUAAUGCUCGGGAAGCCGAAAAAGCCGGCUGGAAGUAUACGCAAAACAAUUUAGACACAGCGGUAAAUAAUGAAAAAGACAAAUAUAAUGCCAAAGAAAGGGGUAUGGUUUCAAAGAAAGAUUAUGAUAAUGUAUUAAAUGGAAAGAAAAAGGUGGAGGAGGAAUUGUCUGUUGAAAAGAAAAGCCGCGAGGGAAUUGAAAAACAGUUAGCCGCCGCUGUCAAAGAAAGUGUUGAAUUAUCAACAAAAUCAGCCGAAGCCGAGCAAAACAAAAAUAGAAGUGAUAAAGCAGCAAAAGAAAAUUAUCAACGAGAAUUAGCCAACAAGGAGGCAGAAAGACAAGCCGAAAAGGAAAAAUUUGAAGAAGAUUUAAAAGACAAACAGCAGACCAUUGAUAGAUUAAGUAAAAUUGUAGGUGAAAAUACAAUAACAGCGAAAGAUUUGGAAUUAGCCCAACAGCAAGUAAAGAUUUUAAGCGACGGGUUAGGACGAGAGAGAACCGAGCAUGCCGCUACUCAACGAGCAUUAGAGGAAACUCAAAAGGGGUUGAAUGCCGCCCAAACCGAACGGGAUAAACGACCAAAUAUUACUAACGAACAUGCGGAAACCGAACGCAACGAUUACCGCAGGAAGCAUGAAGCCGAGCAAACGCAGCACAGGGAAACUAAAAGACUAUUAACCACUGCCAGAGAAGCCCGCGACCAUUACCAAGCUGAGUAUUACAAAGAGAAAGAAAACCAUGAAAGUGCUCAAAAAGAAUUAUACGAAGUCAAAAUUGAACUGAGAACAGAAAAAGAGCAACAUGCUGAUACAGAAAAGCAACUGGAAAAUAAGACGGCAGAAUUAGCGAAUGAAAAGAAAAAAAAAGAAGCAUUUUUGACAAAAGCCCAUGAAUUAGGAGUCCAGUUAACGACAGCAGAAACAGAACGAGACGCGGCCAACACCGACAAACAAAACGCCCAGCAAGAAAGAGAAAACCGCCCAGAUAUAACGCUGGAUGAAUGA